GGAACAUCGGGAAGUCGGGUUCGUUACGACUUACUCUGUCAGUGGCCUUUAUAAACCAAACAAAGAAGAGAAGAAGGAAGCCAGGGCUUACCUGGCUUGGCUUUAUAGUAUCCUAAGGGAGUCAUGCCUGACUACGUGGAGACAAACUUUGAUGAAAGGAGUGGGAUAGUGCCAUGCACAGUGCCAUGGGGCAGGUGGUGGCAGACAGUCGCUGAAGUCCACAUAGAGGUUGAUGUACCCGAGGGCACCAAGUCCAAGUUGAUACAGGUCGACGUCAAGCCAUCCCACAUCAAGGUGGUACUGCUGGACAAAGUGAUUUUUGAGGGUCGCCUGUAUGCUGUAGUGAGAGCAGACGAGACAGUCUGGACUCUGGAAGACAAGAGGAUGUUACACAUCGCCAUGACCAAGGCUGACGCCUGCAGCAAGGAGACACUCUGGGAGGGACUCCUCACUGACAACUUCCUCGCCGACCCCUGGACCAUCCUCGAGAUGAGAAAGAAAUUGGAUUUAGAACGAUUUCAGAUUGAGAAUCCCGGCUUUGACUUCAGUGGUGCCACACUCAAGAAAUGCUACGACACGGUGCCUAAUUCUGUCCUGCAGAGAUGGGAGGAGCAGAAUGCUCUCAGAGCGCAGGCGUCAACACAAGGUGAUCAAGCAGCAGAGUGCAGCCAUCCGGAGCACCUGUCUGGGGGCAGUGAUGGCAGCUGAAGUUAUGCGUGGAAAGUGUCGGUGUGCCAUAGAGAUGAAUUAACGGUAACGACUCCUUGAAUCAAGGUCCCCAUCACCAGGACCAGCUUAUCUCCACUUCCUUGGAUCUAGAGAUUAUCUCCAGUCACCCUGGAUCGAGAUGCUCCCUCUCCCUGUAAUUCCAAUUCCUCAAACACCAGCGACUACAGUCAGGCUCUCUCGAUAUUUUUGCAAAUGUGAUUGAAAAAAUACAUCUAAAAUUGAAUAACAUGUGAAUAGGCCUUUAUGGUACAUCCUGUUCAAUUAUGAAUGCACUUUUUGAAUUGAAUUUGCAAAAAGUCACUUUAAUAUACAAUAGCUCUAUAAGAAAUCAAACUCUGUUAUUUUUAACCCUUAAACUGUCCAAACGUAGAUCUACAUUCAUGUGCGUAGCGCUCCGAACGGAAAUCUAUGUUUUUUACGUGCUUUCAAAUGGAGACAAUAAAGGUUGGAGUGCUACGCACGUGAACGUAGAUCUAUGUUUGCACAGUUUAAGGGUUAAUAGUUUAGGUUUGUAAUUGUGAGUGACGAAUACUGCAAACUUUAAAAUGCUGAUUACAUUUUACUGACGCCAGGAGCAAGAGGCUAGUAACCCAUUCUGUAUAGAUUACGAAAUUUGGACGUAAAAAUGAAGAGAAACCUUGGUAACACUGCUUCUGUGGUCACAGUGGUCACACUGCCUCGGUGGUCCUCAUGGCUCAGUGGUCACCCUGUCUCGGUGGUCACACUGCCUCUGUGGUUCUCCUGGCUCAGUGGUCACACUGCCUUGGUCACACUGCCUCGGUGGUCGCGCUGCCUCGGUGGUCACCCUGCCUCGGUGGUCACACUGCCUCAGUGGUUCUCCUUUCUCAGUGGUCACACUGCCUCGGUGGUCACACUGCCUCUGUGGUCACCCUGCCUUGGUGGUCACACUGCCUCGGUGGUCCUGGCUCAGUGGUCACACUGUCUUGAUCACACUGCCUCUGUAGUCACACUGUCUCAUUGGUCACCCUGCCUCGGUGGUCACACUGCCUUGGUGGUCACACUGCCCCUGUGGUCAUCCUGCCUUGGUGGUCACACUGCCUCGGUGGUCACACUGCCUUGGUGGUCACACUGCCUCUGUGGUCACACUGCCUCUGUGGUCACACUGCCUCUGUGGUCACCCUGCCUCAGUGGUCACACUGCCUCAGUGGUCACACUGCCUUGGUGGUCCUGGCUCAGUGGUCACACUGCCUCGGUGGUCAUCCUGCCUUGAUGGUCACCUGCCUCGGUGGUCACCUGCCUCGGUGGUCACACUGCCUCAGUGGUCCUGGUUCACUGAUCACACUGCCUUGGUGGUCACACCGCCUCGGUGGGAGAUGGCCAAUGUGUUAAAAACAAAUGCUGAUGAUCUCCCAGCUUUGUCCCGAGUCUUUAGUCUUGUUCCAAACUAUGUAAUCACUUAUGUUAUUCUAUAUACUACAGGAGUUCGCCACAUUUACGGAUGAGUUGUGUUCUUGGUGUUUCAAUUUAUAGAAGAAUUGUUAUACAGUGGACCCCCGGUUUACGAUCAGCUCCCGAUGCGACCAAUUAUGUAAGUGUAUUUAUGUAAGUGCGUUUGUACGUGUAUGUUUGGGGGUCUGAAAUGGACUAAUCUAAUUCACAAUAUUCCUUAUGGGAACAAAUUAGGUCAGUACUGGCACCUGAACAUACUUCUGGAAUGAAAUAAUAUAAACCGGGGGUCCACUGUACAAUAGGGCCCUGUUUUUACGGCUGUUAGGUGCCUGAUCCUGGACAAUAAAUAAAAAUCAACACUGAGUGGAAAAGAGCGCUUUUCAUUAUCGAAUGUAUCUAAAACGCCUGAUAACAUAUUUACACUAUCGCGUACUAAAUACUCAGUAUACUGUUAGGAAUAAAAAAUAAUGAAUAAGUAAAAUACAUUAUGUAUACGUUCUGUACGUAUAUAUAAAACACGUUAUGUAUACACGGGUCAUUAUGUAUAGAGUAAGAUCUAUAAAACUUCCCCAUAUAGUCUGAUUUUUCGUAAACAUGAUUGCAAAAGUACAUUAAAAAAGGACUGAUAGUGAAAAUGCCUUCAUAGUCGUGCAUUUCAAAUUUGGGUGCAACGUGUCAAUAGCAUUUAUAAAAAACCACCUUAUGACGAAGAAUUUUUUACCAGAACUAGGUAAUUUGUUCUGUAAUCAGUGUUUCGUAUAUUUUAAUUAGUCAUUAACCCUUCCAGGUUAAUAACCUUCCAGGAAGGUUCCUUGAUUCUGGUGGUGAACAUGUGUGGCACAUGUGUGACAUGCGAACAUGUGUGACUUGUGACACGCGAACAUGUGUGACACGUGAACAUGUGUACACAUAUAAACGUGUGACACAUGAACAUAUGGCACAUGUGAGCAUGUGUGACACAUGCGAACAUAUGACACGUGAACAUGUGUGACACGUACAAACACACAUGACACGCGUGAAUGUAUGCAACACAUGCAAGCAUGUACUAACACAUGCAACACGUGCGAACAUAUAUGACACAACCAUGAUUAUUAGUGUCAUGUAUUCUAGAGGUUAAUGGCAAGAAGCUUGCAAACAACUUGUGUGUAUACCUGGAGUAUACCUGGAGAAUACCUGGAGAGGGUUUCGGGGGUCAACGCCCCCUUCAGCCUGGUGUGUGUAAGUUGAAACACAGGGAAUGUGAUUUGUUGGUAACUUGGGUCACAGCUGUAUUUAUUAUAGUAAAUCUCAAUUGUAUGUAAUUUUGAGUUUAAUAAAUCUAUUCCAUAAAUGCUGAA